CGCACAACAACAUCCCAUGUGUCCAGGGCGGCCGUGCUAAUGUGAACUGUUGUAGUCUCUGUAGGAUCAGAGAGGUAUAGGCGGCUAUGGUACUCAAGCUACCGGUACCAAAAUAGCAGAUGACCAUUUCCAUUUCAUCUGUCGCACACUCGACACCAAAGAGUCGCUCAGAUAUUUGUGCCCGCUUACUCCUUCCUGUGUUACAGCUCUGGCCUUGCCGGCAACUAUUUCGGUGGGGUGUGUUCGGUUCCUUCUCCUUCAGUCUUUUCAAGCAGUUACUUGAAGAUGGAUUUCUACCAUGAGCUUCAGUCUGUGUUUAACCAAGAGCAUUUUGGUGGUGCUCUUGUAUGGAGUAACAAAAUAAUCUGACUUGUGUGAAAUGUACUUUUAAGGAUUCAUAAGUGUCCUUUUUAAAUACAUAUUUUUUCUGUCUAAUGGAAUUGUCCACGGAUGAACUACAGAACUUAAAAAAAAGGGAUAUCACAAUGUAAUCUCCAAUAUGUGGUGUUGACAAUGUAAGAAAAGUCAAGCCAGGUCAAUUCUGCGUUACACUGAAGGAACUGGGUAUACACAUUCAUCAUGAGCAACCAAGAGAAGCGCCACAGGACAAGCAUGCAGCACCUCCGCUAUCUUGAUAGCUUUAUGGAUGAAAUCGACCGCGAGGUCAUGAGCCUGACGGAUCGAGCUUUCAAGAGUUUGUGCAUUGGAGAUGAAGCAAUCUACAAUGACUCAGAGUUUUCCCCCUCUCCAGUCAGCUGCCACAAGCCGACGGUGGAGGACGUCUCAAAAAAGACUCAGGAGAGCUCAUUAUCUGCUGUCAAAAAACUUAAUUCUUACCCCCUUAAUGGAGCAAAUGAUCCGUUGAGUAAAUCAAAUAAGUUUGUCAAAGACUCAUCGCUUUUUGCAGUGUUUGCAACCAAAAAGAACGGUGAGAGCACAAAGAAGACAAAUGGGGAAUCAUGGGACAAGUCCGCUCUACUCAGCAUCCAAAGAGAGCUUUCUGAGUUUUCUUCAGAUUAUCAGAGUUUAAAAGCGGAACAUCGUUCCCAUACCAAAAACCAUCUCAAACCAGAUGAAAAAGGGUCUGGCAAAAAAUCAAGCAAGGAUGCUUCAAUUCCUUCGGGAAAAUCUUCUAAAAGUAAACAAAGCAAAAACAAACUGAGAAAACUGAAUUGUAUAAACUUUUUCCUCCACAGCGAAUUCAGCCCGUUUUUGUCAUGGAGGGAUUUUAAUAAAUUCUCCAUCGGGCAGGAGCACAUUUCGGAGAUCAUGUUGAGCAACAGGCCACCUGAAUGGUAUGAUUCACCUCUUUACAAAGAACUAACUGCAGCACAUGGACACUAUACAUUAAAUGUUCCUCCAUCAGCUGAAAAAGAAGUUGAAAAGUGUCCAAAACAAACUGAGACUCAUCCACCUAAACCACAACUUGCUUCUGUACAACAGAAGGCAGCACCUAAAGUACCCCCCAGACCAGAGAAAGAGUCCGAGCACAUCCAGCAUAAUAUUCCAAUAAAGGCUCCUCCGCUUGCCGCUGAACAGAGAUGUAAUUCAGAAAAAGUGGAAGCUUGCGUUCCCUGGCGAAAAAGCCGAAGUAGAGCAAAAAGUGCCGCUCCUAUGGAGCAUUCCAUCAACUUGCCGACUUGCGAAAAGACAAGUGCUGGAGAAGGGAGCGCACAGGCGUUUAAAGAAGUUAAGACAAUAGAGGACCAGACUUCCACUAGUUCAACUCCUUUCAGUAUAUCACAACUGUUGACACCAGUGAUACCCUCCAGACAUGGGACGGGAACUUCAGAGAUACUGCAAACUGUGUUCUCGCCCACUGGCCUGGAGGUCCCAGCACUCCCUGAGAGAGAUCUGCAUCCGUCGCCUGAGAUUAAGAGAGAGGGGUACAAAUCCAUAGCAUCAAGCUUGUUGUUCAAUCUCAAGGACAAUAGAAAACGGGUUAAGUCCAUGUACAGUCCACCUAAGUUUAAAGGUUUGGAUGCAACAAAUCAAAUUAAAGAGUCUCCCCAGCCUGAAGCAUCCAAAGAUGUGCUUGAAAUACCAGAGGCUUCAGGAGCUAAAACAAUUUCACCUGGUCGUCACAAAGCCAUCAUCUCUACAAUGAGUCCUUUGUUGGAAACAGGAGACAAUCAAACCGGCUCUCCUGCAAAUGAUGAAAUGCCAGAUGACUUCUUGGCACUGAGUCUGCUUCAAUCUGGAAAAUUAAAAUCAAACAGGAACCCUGCAACUAAGGCAACAUACCCAUCAUUACAACUUUACCGAAAAGCUAGUCCUGAGGAGAUUAGAGCAAAUGCUCAAACUGACACCAGCUCUCAGGUUGUCACAGAAAAACCCGGCAAAGAUCAUGACACAAAGCAUAAUUAUCCGAACAAAUUGUUGCAAAACAAUGAUCCCUUAGAGUUAAUGCUAAAUGCCAAAAAGCCCGCUGAAGGUUUAAACAUUGAAAGGACUCUUGAAAAGAAAUCUGGAAAAAGCCCAAGUGUAAGUUUAACAAAACCAGAAGAACAAGCCGUUAGUGAUAGUACAAAUCAAGGUAAGGACAGACUGAAAACUAAAGAAACAGUCAGUAAUCAGAAAAGCCCUGUUAAAGAACAAGAACCCAACAGAAAGGAGGCAGGAACAAAGCAUGUCUUUUCUGCACGACAGAACAACUACAUUAAAAGUCAGAGAUUUGUAAGUACAGAUGAUGAUAAUGGUCAUGAUGCUGGUAGUUCUAAUGCAGAAAAACAGCUGGUUGAUAUUAAGGAUAAAAAUGAUAACGAUGAGUGGUCCAGGCAUUCCAAAAAUACAAAAACAAAGGAGAUAAUACAAGAAGAGCAUAAUGCAGGAAUCCAUAAAAAUAAAGCACAAGUUCAAACAAAAGUGGAUGGACCACUAUUGAAAGAAAAUGUUCAUGUUAAAGAAGAGGCUAUCACAGCUAAAGAACAGAGCAGUAUUACAUCAAAGAAUGGUUUGGAAACUCAAAGAGAGCAAAAAGCUAAAGAUUUGUCAAUGAAAGGAAACACUUCUGCGAAGAGAGCACUGUUUGCAUCAAUGGAACCGGGGACAAAUAAGACACUGUUAAAGAGAGAGAAUGUUGUCAUAGAUAAGUACGACUUGGCCACAAUGGCUUUGGAAGAAGUAAUUGCUGAACGAGAACAAAGAAAGUUGAAAAAUACAACUGUCUCAAAUGCAGGUGGUUCACUCACUGAUAGAAAAAGAGCUGGUGGUGAAAAACCCCAAGAAGGUCUUGAGUUACCCACCAGUGGAGAGGACCAACUACCUAGUAAGCUUAGGCUGAAUGAAAGGGGGACAAAAGAUGGCAAAGAUCAGAAUACUGUAUCUGCUUUUAAAACUAAUUGGCAGACUGUGCAAACAAAGUCAGAUGACAUGGCCAAACAUGGUGAAAGUCAUGUGCCUGAGGUAAAAUUAGCCAGGCCCUGUAAGCAGGAAGCUUCUAAUGGGCAGAGCCAGCAUGUAGAACCUAUAAAAUAUAAUGAGAGAGACAGAUUGUGCCUAGAUCAUCAAGAAAGUAACACAAAUAAUAUCAGCAAGGGUGAUAAAAUAUGCCGAAUGAAAGAACUGUUGAAUAAAAAUACAAAGAAAUGCACAAAAAGGGGUGAUCAUUUGGAAAGUAGAGAUGUUUGCAGUGUGGGACAGUAUGAGGAAGAGUUGGGUGUUGACAAAGAGGGUCGUUCCUGUAAACCUGAGAUACCCCCAAGACGAGGGAGAAGUAAUUCUCAGAGUAAUGUAGAGGAAAAGACAGAAAGUAAUUUGGGAAUGAAAAGAGAAGGUGACACUACAGUCAAAACUGAGAUAAUGGAAAGUAAGGAAGUUAGCAAAGUUCAGUCAAGCCAAUCAAAGAAUCGAGGCCCAGUGAGAGGAAAUGUAUCAGCUCUGAAAGAGAAAUACGACAAGGAAAGUAAAGUGAACCGCAAGGAUGCGCAGAAAGGUCCGCCUGUUGAAGGUACAUGUUCUGAAGAGCGACCCAAUGAAAGGGCUCCAAAAGACAAAAUGAAACACAAAUUUGUUCCACCAAAACUCACAGUCAGUGAUCUUGAAAGUGGCACUUAUUCCGUCAUCUUCAAGGAGAUGGAUUCAGAGUCUUCAAAAGAAUCAGAAAGAGGCGAGGAACAUUCUAGUUCACAGAGGAAACGCAGUGUCACCCAAGACUUCCAAAACACUCUAGGUGAUCUCACAAACAACAGAAAUGAAAAAAGGGAAGACAAGGUGAAAACAAAUGAGACGGAAGAAGGUGCUCUAAGCCUGAAGGAGCUUGGAGACAAGCAAAACAAAUCCAAAGGUCCAAAAGUCAACAUGAAAGACUUCCUAAGUGGACUUCUUGGACUUUCAAACUCAGAAAGGGUCAAAACUGUAGAUGAACAUGAGGAGGAACUCUCUGAAACACUAUCCUCAGAGUCUCUAAAACCUGAUAAAGUCAGAAAGGACAGUAUCACAGUAUAUGAUAUCCUUGGACAAUCUCACUCCACAUCGUUGUUAAAUGGCAAACAAACACAUCACAGCAGUCGCUCUUCGAACUCAAGUGAACUCUCUCUAUUACACGAAUCUGAACAGGGGGUACAGUCAGAAGAGUUGUUAAAAAAGCAGAAGUCUGCAGCGCGAAAGAAAGUAGAUGAAAAGGUGAAGGAGAAUUUCCAGAAACCAUCAAUAGAUUUCUGCUCUUUAAGCAACCAUGAAAGUGAGUCAGAUGUCUCUGACAGGGUAGUUUCUCCACCGAGUGAUGUGGACAAAAGAGGAUGGGUCCACAGCUUGAUUGAGUCAUCUAGAAAUUUACCACAAAUAUCACUCCAUCAGGAUCAACAAGAAAACGGCUUGAAUAGAUCUGAGAAAGAUUCGGAAGAUCUGGACCUCUUCAAGGAUCAUCCUCAAGUUGAGAUGCCUGCUAUAUCAGUUAAGAGCCCCCAACCAAACCAACCAGCAAUGCAGUUCUUGUCCCUUCCGACAACUUGUUGGAAGGGAGUUGGAAGUGCCUCUGUUUCUGAGGAGGAGGAGCGACGCUCUGCUGUGAGCACUUUAUCUGAGGGAAUUGAUGGCUAUGAAACAAGCGGAGGGGAUACGAUGGAGGAGAACAUCUCUAGCACUGCACCAACAGAGGAUACGGAGGGAUCCAAGGCAGCCAGCGAGAGAUCUGCUUCAGCCUGUAGUGGAAACGACAGUCAGGGUCAGAACAAGCCGCCCGUUGUACCUCCAAAAACCGAAAAGGCUCUACGCCGAGCCAUGAAGCUCACCACACGGAGGAUACAAAAGGCUGAAGCUAAAAGCAAAUCUGAACGUAAAGGCAGGAGUGGUGACAAAAGUGUCAGUCACAAGACUGAGAGGAGGCAUCACAGCACUGACAAAGAUCGUGACAGAUCUGAACACGGGUCCCUCAGCAGUGACAGAAUCGGCAAACAAAGCGAUCAUCUUGAUGAUAAGCUUGAGCACAAAACUCGAAGUGAGAAGCAUGCUAGACGCCAUAGUGGCCACAAGAGCCAAAACGUAGAAGAGAAUGAUCCUAGUAAAACAGUGCCACAUGCAACCAAAGGCAAAGAUAGGCAAACUUGUGACUCAAAGAGCCAUCGCAGUGAGAAACAACCAGAACGCAUAUCAAACCACAAGGAUCAUUUGGAGAAUGGCAAUGUAAGUAAUGACAGCAAUAGAUUGGGUCGGAGCAAUGAGAAAUACUCGCCCAAGAAACUGGAACGUAGAACUCAAAGCCUGGAUAGAUUUUUAAGGGAUAAACAUGAAAACAUAUCAAGCGGCACUGGGAAAACUGCUCUUGAAGUUAAUUCAAUCGAAGGAUCUCAGUACUGUAAUCCAAAGGCAUUACCUUUGCGUCACAACAGCAUUGAACAUACUUUCGCACCAGCCACUAAUCUUGUAACGCAGUCCUUCCCGAUCACCCAGAGGAAGCUUUUACAGGACCCAGAUUCUGGACAAUACUUUCUGGUGGAUAUGCCCGUACAGGUCAAAACAAAAACUUUCUUUGACCCGGAAACAAAAAGUUACGUGCAACUGCCGGUACAGUCUCCUGAGGCUGCUGUGCGACAAGCUCCGCCACUGGAGGUUAUAAACACACCAUCACUUAUGCUGUAUCAUGGCUUUGUUCCAGUGCCUGUACCAUCACAGAAAUCUGUUGUCAGGACUGCAGGAUCUAUGAUUCCUCCUGAUGACCUAGAAGACUUUGAACCUAGCAGGAAACAGAUGCAAGAGGACUUUUAUGAAACGCAUAAUGAAGAUCCUUACACUGAGCCGGUGUAUAUACCACAAGAACAUACACCUGAAGAGGAAAUUGAUAUUGUGAGAUGACAACAUCCACACCAGUGGAUGGUUCAGAGAUCGAAUGUGACUGAAAUCAGGGAUUUGUGUUGUUCGUAGAUGACGGUUUCACUGUUUCCGACUUGCAGUCUGAUGUGACGUGGAAAAGUUUCUAGUACGUAUGCUGUUCUUUGUUUAUAGUGCACAAGAUGUGAAUUGUAAAUGUUUAUUUCUUAUUGAAGUAAGGCAAUAUCCUAGUUCUCUUACUGUUAAAAAGCACUUGUCGGUUCGUAAGGGGAAGUUGAAAUUUGCCUAACUGAAGGUAGUUUUGCUUUCAUAAAUGUCAGAAAGAGAUUAUUUUGAUACAUCUUGUAUUUGAGUUUUGGAAAUACUUAAUCCACAGUAUUUUUCACUGCAGAAAAGUAUUGUAAAAAUGAAGAGAUCGACAUAGGUGUUUUAUAUGCUUCAAAUGGUGUAUUUGACAAAUGCUGAUUGCACCGCUUUUCUGGGUGCAUUUUGGAAUGAAUUAGUUUAUUUAACUGGAUUGUUGCUUCAGAAAAGAACCAUUCCAAUAAAAGCAUCAUCAAUAAGCAAUUGUUUAAUUAUUUCAUUUUGAUGAUUGCACUACCAUUUAUCUAAAGAAGAAUCACAUUCAGUCUCAGGAAGCCAGCCAGAGAUUAUCUGUACAGCACCUGGUAACAAAGUGGGAAAUACAGUUCUGUACAUGGAUAUGUUUAAUAUCUUGUCAUUUAGUGCCUCAAGCAAAACACUCAAGUAUCUUACAAAGAUUUGAUGCCACUAACCUGGAGAACCUUGGGAAAUCAGUUCUUCCUUACUUUCGCUCAUUGUUUUACCAUAAUACUUUGGUGAUUUCAGUUAGCUUUAGAUAUCUUUGUCUGCAAAAAUGCACCAGACUACAUCUUGCUUAGCCCAUUACAACACCAUUCUGC